AUGUCAUACUCAUGUUCAACAUCAGCCUCACGUGCUAGUUGCUUUCCAGGCUCAAGUCAAAUUGCUGCCGAUGAUGGUACUCUUAAAGCGUUAUCAGACAUCUCGAUUGGAGAUCGAGUAUUAGUCAAUGAAAACAAUGUCUAUGAGCCUAUCAUUGCAUUCAUUCAUGGAGAACGUGAAGGACUUUUCGAAUUUCUCGUCAUUGAUAUACAUUCAACUGUAUCAAAUAUGUCUUCUACAAUGUUUGUCUCUGCUAAUCAUCUUAUCUUCGAUUUCAAAUCUAGAAAAGCUCGCUUUGCUGGAACUUUUCGCGUUGGUGAUCAGGUACAAUUCAUCGAGAACGCUCAAAUCAUUCCAGGAGAAAUUGUCAGCAUUCGGUUAUCGAAACAGAAAGGAUUCUAUGCUCCACUUACCCCAUCUGGUACUAUUGUUGUCAAUGGGGUACUAGCUUCAAACUAUGCUACAGUGAGCAAUCAUGAUUUUGCUCAUAACAUGAUGAGCAUCUAUCGAUGGUGGAUUAAUCUUGUUGAUUCGCCGACAUUAAGCGGUCAAAUUCAUUGGAUAUUACAACUUAUGUUGAAUGGAGAGAAGAUUAUGCGAUGGAGUGGUGCAAAAAUAUUAGCAGAUACUCAUAUAUAUGAUGGCACCUUUCAAGUGUCUGCAUUAUCUUGA